UUCUCCGUCCAAACAAAAAAAAAAAAAAAAUGGCAGCCACCAGCACCACCAACCAAGACCGCCGAGCCAUGUGGUUCACACGGCUUGCCUCUGCCUCCCGAGCAGCUCUUGCUUGCUCCAUAGUGGCCUACACCACCUUGUACGGCCCGGCUACUCUCCGUCGCCUUGUGGCCUUUCCCGCCUUCUCCUAUCUCACAGCUACUCUCAUAGUCACUAACGCCGCUCUUGGUGAUGCCGUCCGUGGUUGUUGCCUAGUCGUCUUCGCCACUAUCCAAACCGUUUGCCCCGCCAUGUUCUUAUUUUGGUUCAUUGGUCCGGCCAAAUUCUCCCACAUCACGACCGCCGUGACGGUGGCGUUGGCUUCUGUGGUGGUGGUGCUUCCGAGCUCAACCCAUUUGCUGGCUAAAAAGAUCGCUUUGGGUCAGAUUGUGAUCAUUUACGUUGUUGGUUUCAUCGGCGGCGCCCAUACUGACCCUCUCAUGCACCCACUCCACGUCGCCGCCACCACCGCCUUAGGCGCCGCCGCCAGUCUCAUUGCUACACUCCUCCCUUUCCCACGCCUUGCUUCUCUUCAGGUGAAAAGGAAGAGCAAAAGUGUGGUGGAGAACAUGACAGAAAGGUUAAGUUUAAUGGUGAAGGCAAUCCUUGCAGAAGAUAGAACAAUGGCUGCUGCUUCCAUAUCAAGAGCUCAGUUUUUGUCUUCUUCAGCAACUAAACUUCUCCACUCCAUUAAACUUUACCAAGAGAGCAAGCAAUGGGAAAAGUUUCCACUCGAAAUAUGCAAAAUGGGAUGGUUGAGCAAUAGUGAGAAAUUAGAGGAUUUAGAAAUGGCCUUAAAUGGAAUGGAAUUAGCUUUGUCCAAAAUCCCUUCAUAUCCAAUUCAAAAUAAUCCUCAAAAUUACCAAACCCUAAAACAUGAUCUAAAUACUUUAGAGAACCAAAUUACACUUUCUUUAAAACAAGCCAAUACUUAUUUUCCACCGUCCGAUUCGGUGACUUUUCCAGAAAUCAACGUAGAUGGUAAUACAGCAACAGUAAUCAACACCCUCAAAUCCAUUCAAAUUACUCCCACAAGCCACCAAGAUUUACCUAAUUUUUUCUUCAUAUUUUGCAUGAAACUCCUCUACAAGAAAACUCAAGUCAAAACUCCAAUAAAGUUUAAAGAGGAAUCAAAGGAAAAAGAAAUUAAAAAUUCCACCAACAAAGAAAAAAACAGAUCAACAUGGGUUUCCUCCAUGAACAACCAAAGGGUAAUUACAGCUUUGAAAUGUGCAAUUUCAUUGGGAAUUUCAGUGAUUUUGGGAUUGAUUUACAAUAAAGAAAAUGGAUUUUGGGGGAGUUUAGCAGUGGCCGUAAGUAUUGCUUCAAAUAGAGAACCAACAUUUAAAGUUGCAAACAUUAAGGUUCAUGGAACAAUGUUGGGAUCUAUUUUUGGAAUUUUGAGUUUUGUUCUUUUCAAAAAGUUUUUAAUUGGAAGGCUUCUUUGUCUUCUUCCUUGGUUUGUUUUCACAAGCUUUUUACAACAUAGUACAAUGUAUGGUUCAGCUGGUGGAAUUUCAGCCAUUGUUGGAGCUUUAGUAGUUUUAGGAAGAACAAAUUAUGGUUCACCAAAAGAAUUUGCUUUUGAAAGAAUGAUUGAAACUUUCAUUGGGAUUUCUAUAUCAGUUGUAGUUGACAUCAUUUUUCAACCAAAAAGAGCUUCUAAAUUGGUGAAAAUUCAACUCAUUUUGAGUUUACAAUUGCUACAAAAAUGUAUCAAUGAUUCAUUUUGUUAUGAAUCAAGCACAAUAAUGGAGAAGGAUUUGCAAGGCUUAAGAACUCAAGUUAUUGAGGUAAAGAAAUUGAUUGAUGAGGCUGAGGUUGAACCAAAUUUCUUGUUUUUGCAUCCCUUUCAUGGGGAUAGCCAUUUGAAGAUGUUUAAUUCCUUGUCAAAAAUGGUUGGUUUAUUAGCUUUGAAUGGUGAAGCAAUGAACAACCUUAAAGAGGGUUUGUGGAGAAAGGUUGGGGAGAAAUUAGAGGGGGAUUUUGAGAAGUUUAAGGAAAUUAUGGCCAAUGGUUUUGUGACAUUUUAUGAGAAUUUGAGAUCUUCUUCAUUGAAGUCUUUGAAAGGGGAUGAAAGUAAGGAAGAUAAUUGUGCUGAUAUUGAGAUGGGAGAGGCACAAAGGAUUGAAGUAAUGGAUGAAAUUGAGAAGGAAAAAUUGAUCAAUUCAUUUUUGCAGCACUUGGGAGAAAUUGUUGAAAGCAAAGAUGGUAAAAGUGAAGAAAUAAUUUUGAGUUUGAGUGCUAUGGCUUUUUGCUUGAAUAGUUUGAUGAAAGAGAUGGAAGAGGUUGGAGAGGCAAUUAGAGAACUCGUUGAAUGGGAGAAAUCUUCUUUUUAGUUAUGUAAUCAACACUUUCAAUGCAAUUACUACAUAUCUAACAUAUGCUCAUGUUGUUCAAAAGUAAAAUGAACUGUGACGUUUCCGAAA